AUGUUAGCAACAACAGCACCAAACUCGUUAGUCAUGAACCCAACUUCAAUGUUAGUAGAGAUGAAAAGCUUCAUUCCUUCUUCAUAUACUUUCGAAACAGAAAUCCAGAAGAUAAAGCAAGAACUUCUCCAAGGAGAUUUAGAUUGCACUGCAAAAGAUGAAACAGAUGAAGAAUAUCUUUAUGAAAUGCAGGAUAUUAUUGACCAUCUACCUAAACUUCCUGAAAUCCAACAACAAAAACUCACUAUUCCAGAAUUCGAUGAAAUAGAAGUCAAAGCAACUGACUCAGUAGAAAUAAAGAAGUUCAUACGAAAGGUUAACUAUGAGUUUCUUGGAUUUCAUUGCAACCACAAAGUCAUGGACAAAGAUUGCGAUAUGGUAUAUAAGAACAUCUCUGACAUAUACAAAUCUGGGGAGUUUAAGACCUACGACAACUUUGUUUCGUUAGUUGCUGAAUGUGUAUGGCAGAUAAGAGAUAAAGAUAGAAGAGGUAAGAUAUGGAAUGAACAGAUAAAACCCGCAACUUUUGA